CCAUGAGUGCAAAAGAUGUCUCCUCAAUGCUGGACCAAGAAGAAGUGUCGACCAGUGGCCACGGGACCGUACCAGUAGACCACCUGGACUAUGGGUACAUUGAGAAGUGCACUAACGUGAAGUAUCUGGAGAAGAUUUUAAAGAUUCUCAGGUCAGGAGAUGAGGGCAUCUAUCCCCACCUGACCCAGUUCUGUGAGAACCACCUGGAGAAACUGGACCCUAAGAGCCGCUCACUCCGGAAGGAGAAUCCUGUGGCGACAGCUGCUAGUCUGUCUACGGAUGAAUGGAAUCAGAUCACUGUUGAGAUGAAGGCAUGGGAGAAGGAAGCCAAAGGGGUUGAGGGGGAGCUGAAAAAGCAGUCCUUGUGUUUAUCUGACAUCGAGAACUUCCCUCCAGUGCGUGGCUCUAACUGUUCUCUUCCUCUUAGUCAGACCGCUGUUUCAAAAGGACUGAGAAAGUCCUCCAAGAACUCAGCACCUCGAGAUUAUCGAGACUGGGACAAGUUCGACGUCGACAAGGAAUGUGAUAAGGUCGAUAGCAAUGUCACCAAGGCGUCCCCCGCGAUGAUCAAUUCCGAACAUCCUCAGAUCAAGACUAAUCUGAACGCGACAGGCCUGACAGAUCAGGAGAAGGUCCUCCAUGCCAGCCGUGAGAAGGACAAAGGAAACGAGGCCUUCAGAGCCAAUGCCUUUGAGGAGGCUGUGGCCUUCUACACCAGGAGUGUGUCUUUGGCACCAACGGUGGCGGCUUACAACAACAGAGCCCAGGCAGAGAUCAAGCUGCAGCACUGGCACAACGCCCUCAGGGACAGCCAGAAGGUCCUGGAGAUGGAGCCCAGCAACAUGAAAGCUCUGCUGCGUCGGGCCACCGUGGAGAAGCAGCUGGGACGGUACCAGCAGGCGGCGUGGAACCUGAGGACCGUGCUGCAGGCAGAACCUCACAACCUGGUCGCCAGCAAACUCCUUAUAGAGGUAGAUAAGAAGAUACACGACAGUACUGGGGAUCGUCCAGGGAAAGGCAAGAGGAUGCUGAUCCAGGAAGUGGAGGAGGAAGUGGAGGAUGGAGCUCGUCCGGUCGAGCCUAGCCAGAGUGUGGGAGGGGAGCGUACAGCUGCUCCUGACGAGAGGGGAGACAUGGGGAAUGCGCAGAAGAAGCCCCAUGGUCGGGGCGACGCGGCCCCACACGGAGAGGCCAACAGCUCCCACGGACACUGGAGGGGCAGGGGGGGGAGCGCCGACAAGUACAAGGUGGCCGGCCAGGAGGCCACGGACAAGGCCCAGACCAACGGAGCCCAGGGGGGGAGGAGGGGGACGGCGGAGCAGGUCAGCUCCAAGGCAGCGGGGCCGGCAGCCUCCCCCGCUGGCGGAGAGGGAGGCAGCAACCUGGAUGCCCCCGCGGGGGCCCUGCCUCCUCCGCUGGCCAGGCUGAAGAACGAAGGCAACCUGCUGUUCAAGAACGGCCAGUUUGCCGACGCGCUGGAGAAAUACUCCCUUGCCAUUACGGGCUUCACAGACUCAGGUAUCGACAGCCCAGAGGAUAUGUGUAUUCUCUAUUCCAACAGAGCGGCCUGUUACCUUAAAGAUGGCAACAGUCAAGACUGUAUACAGGACUGCACAAAAGCCCUGGAGCUCCACCCCUUCUCCCUCAAGCCCCUCCUCCGACGAGCCAUGGCCUACGAGACGCUGGAGCGCUACUCCAAGGCCUACGUGGAUUACAAGACUGUGCUGCAGAUCGACAACGGAGUGCAGGCCGCCCAUGACAGCGUCAACAGGAUAACCCGGUUGCUGAUAGAGCAGGACGGCUCAGAGUGGAGGGGGAACCUUCCAGAGAUCCCCCUGGUGCCCCUGUCAGCCCAGCAGCACCGCAGAGAGGAGCCCCCCAACGCUGAGCUGCUGCAGGCCCGCAGCGAGAAAGCCGCCCAGGACGCGGCCAGGAGAGCAGAAGUACGUUUCAACACCUUGAAACAGGAAGGAAACGAGUUUGUUAAGAGAGGCCAGUUCCCUGAGGCUCUUGGGAAGUACAGUGAAUGCCUUAAACUCAAGCCAGAUGAAUGUGCUAUCUACACCAACAGAGCCCUGUGCUAUCUGAAAGUGGAGCGCUUCGCUGAAGCCAAGCAAGACUGUGACUCAGCAAUCAGGCUGGAGCCAACCAAUAAGAAGGCCUUUUACAGACGGGCUAUGGCCAAUAAGGGCCUCAAGGACUACCUAGCGUGCAGUGGUGACCUUCAGGAGGUUCUGCAGCUGGACCCCAAGGUGCAGGAGGCCGAGACGGAGCUGGAGGAGGUGACGGUGCUCCUCAGACAGAGUCUAGCGGCAGGCUCGCCCGCCAAGCCCAGGAAGCCCGUGGCCAUCACCGAGGUGGAUGGAGAAGAGGAGCGGAUAGGAGGUGCCGCCACCGACGGAGACGCCUCUGUUGCCAUGGACAACCGCUGCGGGGCCAUGGACGGCGUCGCCAUCAACCUCCAGCCCGCCAACGCCUACGAGUUCGGCCAGUCGCUCAACGCGGCGCGCGCCACAGGCGACACGGCGGCGUGCGCCGAGCUCCUGACCCACGUCCCUCCCGAGAGCCUGCCCGUGUACCUGAGCAGCCAGCUGGACGCGGCGAGCAUCCACUUCAUCAUGCAGGCUCUGGACACACACCUGCUGCAGACCAAACCGGACCUGGUCUACCAGCACCUCAGCCAACUCCACAAAACAGAGCGCUUCUCGGUGGUCCUGAUGCUCCUUGAGCAGAGCGAGCAACGUCACAUGACCCAGCUGUUCGAGCGCCUGUCCGCCAAGGAGGGGACGGCGUUCACCAGGAACGAUGUUCAGAACCUGGCCAAUAUGUACAUCUGACCCCCCCACCCUCCGCCCCCCUCCUCCCACCCUGCAUGUGCUCAGCUACAUUAAGGAUCUAUGCAAACGGGCUGAGGUCUCCAAGAUGGCGUACUGACAGCAAUAUCGAGGACCCAAACACACUCUCGUCUUCUCCUUCUACGUUCUGUUCGUGUUCUGUUUAGCGCAUACCACUAGUCUAUAUUUUUUUCUCUCUCUCGAGGUAAAAACAUUUUGCUGAUGUAUACUUUUGUACCUGUGAACAUGUUUAGAAGUGAUUGGAUUGCAGUUUUGCUUGUAAAAUGGCCAUUCUGCUUCCAGAGUAUUCUUAUACUGGGCCCAGUGUGCAGUUUGAGACAGACACAAGUAUCAGCUGGUGUUUCGCUCUCGCUCUCGCUCUCGCUCUCUCUCUCGCUCUCUCUCUCUCUCUCUCUUCCUCCCCCCCCCCGCUGAGCCAGAGGCAUAUCGGCUGCAGUUCAUACUUCUGGCCCAGCUACUAGUUAGAACCCUGAGUUAAAAGACUCUGAAAAGAUGGAAAGCUGGCAGAUAUAAGAUUCUCUCGCAGAAAUAAUCUAAGGAGUCAUCUCUUUGUAGUGCAACCAGGGGUUCUUUAGAAAAGAUCACUGCUGAUGUGGAGACGCAUGCUAGGGGGUUUCUGUUCCAGAACGCAGACACGAGGGGCUUGGGGCUCUUCAUCUUUUAAUGGAUCGGACGUCCAUUGAUGGUAAAAACAGAAUAAUAAUGCAAAUUGCAUGACUUACAGUCGGAUGUGAGUAUUCAUGUGUCGUUCUGUAUGUGUAAACCCAUAUGCAGGCUUCAUCCAGGGCUGUGUGUAAAGGCUUUACUCUUUACAGUCUUUAGUCUUUACUCAAGAGUAGGGAUGACUAAGACCUCAAAACGCCCUUCAUUUGACUAGCAAAGCCGCGCGAGUCAAAUGCACACAUCCAUCUUGACGCCCGGCUCUGACGAGCAGCCGUGCGGCCGGAGAGAAGCUGUGUCUUUGUGAGACGCCUGCCUCGGGGAUUUUGCUCUUGGUGGGGGGGGAGGAGUGUUCCGUCAAAGGACUGUAUAGAUUUCAGAAGAACGUUCCACGAGGGGAGAGCCUCGUGGAACGUCAAUAAAUACAUAUUGUCAAAUGUUAAUUGAUUCAUGUUUUUCAACCUCUAAUUGAAUGUACCGCGUUCUAUUCAGGGAGCAGAGCUGGCAGCUGUGAUGAUGCAAUACCGGCAGGGGCUCCGUUGCUCCGCGCACCAGAGCCAGCCGCUUAACUUGACCAUUAUAUUACCUGUUAGCUUUGCAAAGAGAUGUACAAAUAUUUUGAGGAGUCACAAUUUAAGGAUUAUUUAUCAAUAAACUGGAAUACAUCUACUUUA